AUGGGGGACGAAGGAGGCGAUCGCGAUAUGGUUGAAGAACAAUUCAAUAUAUGGGCCGUUUUCAAAACCAUAGGUUCGCAGUUUUUACAAAUCGACGCAAUAAUGCCUGUGAUCGAAAAAUUUGUAAAAGGAGCAGGCCAUUCUGGUUUUGGAAACUCAGAUAUGAAAUCGGCCCAAUUUCGAAGCGAUUGCGAAAACGCUCUGUUUUUUCACCCGAGGUUAAAAGAAUCUUUUCAUGCGACGAUGAAUGAUUUCACAUCUUUCGCUAUGGCAAACGGUUAUGCUUUAGGUGCAAUUCUAAUGUCCAAUAGAGAGAAAUGUAGAGAGUGCAAGAAAAAAUUAUAUCUAGAUGGGAAGCCGAAGGUAGUGGUCAUCUAUCACGCAAAUUUUGGGACUCGUUUGGGCAGUAGGUAUACUAAAAAGUGUACAGGCUGUCAUAUCAGCGAGCACUAUGGCUAUUGGACCAAACAUGAUAAGAAACACAUCGACUUGGAUUCUGGUCAAAAGGAAUAUAUAAUGAGCACAGAAGAAACGGCAAUUGAUGUGAAGUUAUUAGAACAAUACGCCUCUCUGCUCAUAGUUGGAGCCCUUCCUUUCACGACGUUUGUUAAUGCCUACAACAGAAUGUACAGUACAGAUAUCUCUCAAGCGAUAGACUCAUUCACUUCUUCACCCUCAAAGCGAAGGAAGAGAGAUUCACCUGCAGAUCUGACCGACCUGAUACAAAAGAGAAGACGACUUGACAGAAGGAGAUUUGAAGACGCCUUUUUCUUGUACGCUUCGAUCCGGGUGAGGACUAAAUAUUCUAUCCCGAUGGAAUACACACCAUACGAUACCAAUGAGAUGCUCAAGAUGUUGUGUGUGUCAUAUUAUGAUGCAUUUGUGAAGAAAUGGGGAGAUCACUGCUGCGAUACUCCUGGUUGUGAAGAGAUUAUAGUUUUGGAUGGAAAUAUGAAGAACGCAAGACAGGUGUGCUGUUGUAACAAAAUUGGCUAUGUUCAGUUUUCUGGGCUGCAAGAGAAGGUCGUCACAGGUUGUCCUAACACGCCGAUGCAACGACACCGCUACUGUUCCACGCAUUUGGGGUUUGCAAUGCCCUUUAGAAACGAUGAUGUGGUGCCUUCUGCGCUCAACCAGGAACAAGAUAAUCCUCUCAUAUUAUCGAUAAUUUCGCAAAAGACAACUCGUCAAGGACGCUUGCUAGAGCUUCUUUGGAGCGACAACAGGAAAAGUUGGGUGCGCGAGAAUAACCUGCCUGAAGAAAUAAAGAAACUCCUAGAGCACAAUGAGAACCUCGAACAUGUUACGGUCAGCGUGACGGAAAUUGGUCAAACCAGAACUGAAUUUCGAAGGAAAACUAAGGAUGAGGUUACUUCCAGCCUCAAUCUCUCUUCAAAUGAUAUCGUAGAUGCCAAAAGGUUGAAAUACUUUAUAGGACAAGAAGAUGCGCAUGAUCUCAAAGAUGAAUUAUAUGCUCUCAAAUGUGGCACCGAAAAAGGGAAGCACACUGCUAAACAUACCAAAACUGCAGGUAUACUGGUUUUUGAGAAGCCCUGUGGAAUUGUCAUUGAUUUCCAAGAAUUAUUUGGGAGUGAAAGUAAAACUCAAGUUUAUGGUCAUUUGCACACAUUAUUACAGCGCGAAGCGCACAAGAAAACAGAAGUAAUUUGUUACGAUGAUGCGUGCCACUUGAAGAAAUUUGCCAUCAAUCCUCGCCGUUCCGGUUUCAAAGAAACUACACAAAAGAUGUCGCGGAUGUCCUACAUUAUAGAUCGUUUUCACUUCAAAAAUCAUGUAGAUCCUUGGUGCAUAUCACAGUGCAAUCCCCGGAACUGUCACCAGCUAGAGGGUGUGAACACAGAGGUCUGCGAACAGUUAUUUGCCUGGUUGUCAAAAUUUUGCCACAUGACAAAAUACAUGGGUCGAUGGUCCUUCAUUUUUCUUAUGCUAUAUGUCAUUGAUCAUCACAACGAGGAUGUAGAAAUGGCGAAAAAGCGAUGAGGAGUUGCAUAGGGAGUGAUAGCUUUUUUGGACA